AUGCCGGUAGAUACGCUCUCACUGGCCGGCAAGACAGCCAUCAUUACAGGUUCUGGGAGAGAAAAUGGCAUCGGUGCUGCUAUCGCCACGGCCUUCGCCCGGAACGGCGCAUCUGUAGCAAUUCAUUAUGUAUCGGAAGGGUCCAAGGGAAAAGCCGAGAAAGUAGCUGCUGGCCUCACCAAGGAUUUUGGAGUAAAAACGACUGUGGUGCAAGGAUCUGUGGAUAAUUACAGCACCGCGAAGCGAAUUGUCGAGGAAACCUUGAAGGCAUUUGGCAUCGCUCAUAUUGACAUUCUCGUCAACAAUGGAAUAGUUACCAACCCCGUUCAAUCCCUUACGGAGGUCGCACAAAAGGAUCUCGAAAAGGAGUUCAGCGUCAAUGUCUUCGGUACAAUCUACAUGACACAGGCCGUUGUCGGAGCAGGCGCAAUGCCCAUCGGUGGCCGCAUCAUCAACAUCGGGUCUAUCGUCUCGAAGCUAAAUUCUCCUCCAUUUAUCUAUUCAGCAGCAAAGGCUGCGCAAGAUAGCUUGACCGCAGCGUGGGCUAGCGAGCUUGGCCGAUCCCAUGGCAUUACCGUCAACACGCUUGCGCCAGGCCCGAUGCCCACCGAUUCUUCAAAACCAUUCCUGCAGAACCCUGAUGGGUCUCCAAGCGGAUUAGCACAAGCUGUGAUUCAGCAGGGGCGAGCGGCAAACCGUCUGGGAACUGUGCAGGAUAUGGCUGAUGCUGCGCUUCUGUUGGUUUCUGAGAAGAGCCGUUGGAUUACUGCACAGUGGAUUUCUGUUAGUGGCGGUGUCACUGGAACCAGUUAG